GUGAGUGGUUAGUUCAUCUUCACGUCUCCUGUAAACCUUUUUUGACAACGUCUCUAUACUACAUGGAAUGCAGUGUAAAAAUGGUUGAUGAGGAAAACAACGUACUUCUAAGCACAAGUCAUUUUAACAUAGGACAAAGCAAUGGUGUUGAUCAGACACAAACAAAAUCUCCACCAUUUUCGGAUUUAAACUUAAGCAAUACUCCUCCUGUGCCCCCAGACUGGAUUGUGAUUCCUCCACCAGACAGUUUUCAGGACACCAACAAUUACAAACCUAAUGUUUGUCAAACCACACCAACAUCUGGAAUUUGGGAUCAAGAAACAGACAUUUUCCAACCUUCGAAUGGAAAAGUACACAAUGAUUUUCUGCACAGUGCCCCAGCUAAUCAGAACACAGAAUGUUCCUCAUCAUCCAAUCAGAGGGAUUAUUUCCUGGAAUUCAUUCUCUCCAGACAAAAUGACUUUCAAGCUAGGACCUCCCCCACAACUCCAUUGGAUUAUGGAGACAUUUUCCAAGAAACACCCACCAUGACGGCUAGUACCUUUGAGACUCUUUCGACAAGUGAUAUCUUGCAUCAGUCAUUACCUUCCACAUCACCGUAUGUUUCAAACACCACCCCAAUGUCUAAUGAUAUUUUUAAGAUGCCCUCCUCCAUCACUAGAAACAAUGUCUUCCAUUCCACACCAUCUGUUCAGACACCAACUUUAAUGCCAUUUGACACCAAGGCAUUUGAUCCUCUUUUUGACACAUCAACCAAACCUCAAAAUGAUGUACAGUCCAAACACAGCGAGACAGAUUAUGAUACACUGCUCACCAGCCCAAAGCUUGACAUUCACAUUUCUCCUACGGGUUUGCAAAAUGGAACGGUCCAAGGGAUACCAGCUGUAGAAGCCUCUUCCACAAACACCUCACCAAACCUGACUUUUAGGAGGCAUCAACCGAAACCUGCCCCACGCAGCAGAGCCCUUAAGACUACCAAUCAUCCUACCGCAUCCAUGCAGACGCUGUUGAUCAACAUCCCUCCCACACCUACCCCUAGUUCUUUUGCUAGCAUUCAGGAUGAAACACCAGCAUCAGAGAAUGAUCUUCCGGUUUAUGAGGAUGUUCUUCUACUUGGUCAGGAAAGAUGUGUGGAGGACUGGCCAGAAAACAGCCCAGAACUUUCUCCUGAAUGGAAACCAGCAGGCAAAUUAAAGCUUAGAAGAGAUUCUUUUCUGAUUGCAGACGUGUCUGAUGGACUCCCGGGUACUGAUGUUACUGCAAAGAAAAAUGGAAAGCUGACUGUAGGAAAGAAAUCGAGACCAUCUUUCCUGAAAAGAAGAAGUUCAAAGGAUAAAAUUGGAGAUGAGCCUAAGGCUUCUGAGCUGAACACUCUGGGCAGAGGUUCCAAGCUCAAUGGCGAUGGUGCGAAUGACGUUUUUUCAUCAGAUAAAGAACAGAAUGAGUAUAAAUCAAAGAAAUCCUUAAAACUCAAGAUUAUUAAUGGGCGCAGGGGAUCUAAGGUAAAAUCCAUCGAAGGUUCAGCCAAAGCAUCAAAUAGUUCUGCUCAAGAGUCAAAGGAGGAUAUAAUGUCCUCAUUGAAAAAUGCUGAUAUCAGGAUUUGUGGGGAGGACGGGAAAGAAAAGGACUCCAAACCGCAGAAAUUCAAGCCUCUUGUUCCACGCCGGCCAUCAAAGUCUUUUUCCAAAGAUCCCUCUUUGGAUGAAAACUUCGAAAUUGACACUUCCUGUAACACUUCGCCCAAAGAAAGGGAUCAGAAACAAAAAAAGAAAGUCAAAGUCAAAUUUGUUCCACAAAGAGGAUUCGUUAUUGGCUUAUCCAAGGAGAGUGACGACUCUGAACUGAAGGGAGCUUGUGGUCACACACCAAAUCCAAUUUUUAAAGAAAAUGACAGGUUGGAUGAGAUGAAGGGAGCAUAUGGAUACACGCCUCACUCAGAGUUCAAGGAAGACACAUUAUUGAAAAGUGAAGCUGGACACAGUUAUUCACCUGGUGAUUUUAAGGCAGCCAAUCACGAGAAAGACUUUAAUAAAAGAACAGAUGUCAUCACAUCUUUAGACGGCAAUGAAAAACAUCAAGAGAUGCAAGACUGUCGACCAAAGAAGCCAAUGAAAUUUAAAGUUCCCAACUUGCAUCGAAGAAAAUCAAAGAGUAAUGAAGUUGCUGAAGUCAAACAACUGCAAACCAGAGACCAUGAUGCUUCAGCGCUAAAGAAAACUGUGCCACCAAUGCCCCAGCGAGUCUCAAAGAGCACCGAGGAUGAGUACGAGGUCCCUCAAAAGGGUGCAGAUCUUUUCAAGGCAGGCGACUAUGAGUUUUCAGAGGAUGCUGGCUGGCAGGAAUACACUCCGGACAAUAAGCCUCAUAAAUCCAAUAAAAUGAACAAGCAUGGCAAGGGGUCCAAGGUAAAUUUGAAUAAUGAUGUCAUGGAUUUUCCUGAAGACCUUGAGAUUCCAGGUGCUACAUCUGGAGACUUUUACCUGUCUGAGGCUGCUAAGGCUGAAUGGCUGUCUGCUCAGAUGGACAUGAGAAGAGCAAAAGAUCAAGAGGAGGAUCAGAGGCUGGAAGAGGGGGAAGAUGAAUGGGACACUGACAGCCUCAUGGAGUGGUGGAAUACAGUGGAGUUUUGGGAUGAAUUGCCUUCUGAUGAGAAUAUCAGCUUUAAAGAGGAUGAGACCAUAUCAUUCAAAGCUAUUGCAGAUAAGGUCCAUCGUGGCAUCCGCAUGUACCUGAAGCUCUUCAUGGAACGAGCUGAACUUCUCUACCAGCAUGUGCUGAUCUUAUAUGCCAUCGCCGAAGACCUCAGUAACUUCCACCAUCGUGCUAAAAUAGCAAACAUCACCGGAGGCACCACCACAGCUGUGGGUGGAGCUGCAGCCAUUGCUGGCCUGGCACUAGUUCCUGUCACUUUUGGUGCUUCCCUUGUUAUCUCGGCCAUUGGAUUGGGUGUGGCCACAGCGGGCGGCAUCACAGCAGCUUCAGCCACCAUUUCGGAUAAAUUCAACAACAUGCAUGACCGUAAGAAGAUUGAAAUAAUUAUUCAGGACUAUGAGAUCCAGUUGGUCGAGAUGCAACGCUGUUUGCAAUUUAUCACUGAAGGUCUUCGCCGCCUACGUAGCCACCCGUUGUUACGACGGAACAACUACUUUAUUGCUGACUGGGAAGUACGAUGGGCCCUCCAAACCGUUAGCUUCGUAAGUGACCCAGUAGAACGAGCUGAAGAAAUAACAAACAAUACGAUGGCCAAGUUGGCCAGCCUGCAUAAAGGAAUGGACAAGUACUUCACUAAAGACUCAAGGGAGGUGAAGAAGGGCUGUAAGAAGGAGGUGACUGCUGAAGUUAAAAGCCUGGCCAAGAACCUGCAAGAAGGCUUAGUGGAGCUCAACUCUAUCAGAGAACAACUGCUCGAUGCAUGUGGAAAUAUAUAAAACCAGCUAUAAUUAGCCUAGAGUAUUGCAAUGUGCAAUCUGAUUUUCAAUACUCCAUUAUAGCACCAUUAUGAUAUAAAAUACACUGCUUGGCCAAAAAAAAGUUGCAUACUCUAAUAUUUAGUUGAACCACCUUUAUCUUUGAUUAUGGCUUGCAAUCGUCUUAGCAUUGUUGCAACAUUUAUUUUCCAUCCAGAGUUGGAUAAUUUUUUGGCCGAUAUCUUGUAUUGACGACGGGAGAGUCGAAAUACUCUGUAAAGUCUUCUCCAGCACAUCCCAAAGACUUUCAAUGGGGUUAAGUUCAAGACUUUGUGGUUGAUGAUUCCUCAUGCUUCCUGAACCACUCUUUCACAAUUUGAGCCCGAUGAAUCUUGGCAUUGUUGUCCUGGAAUAUGCCCGUGCCAUCAGGGAAGAAAAAAACAAUUGAUGGGAUAACCUAGUCAUUCAGUAGAUUCAGGUAGUCAGCUGAUUUAAAUUUAUUGCAGCAUAAUGUUGCUGAGCCUUGACCUGACCAAUUGAAGAAACCCCAGAUCGUAACACUGCCUCCAAAGGCUUGUACAGUGGGCACUAUGCAUGACUGGUACAUCGCUUCAUGCGCUUCCCUUCUUACCUUGAUUUGCCCAUCGCUUUGGAUUGGGGUAAAUCUAGCCUCACUAACAAUUGACUUUUUUGUGGCCACACUGUUGUUUAGUCCCAAUCCUGUAAAUUCUCGUCACAUUGUGCAUGUUGAAAUGCUCUUACUUUCACUAUUAAACAUAGUCGUGAGUUCUACUGAUGAUAUUUUACGAUGUGACUUCACCAAGUGUUUUAGUGAUCUUUUUUCAACAACAUUUCUUCCACGAAGCUGACGGUUCACCACUAUCCUUCCAGGUUUUAAUAAUGCACUGGACAGUUCUUAACCCAAUUCUAGUGAUUUCAGCAAUCUCCUUAGUUGUUUUCUGUCAAUGAUUCAGGCCAAUAAUUUGCCCUUUCUGAAACAUAUGAACACCUUUUCCACGACCAUGAGAUACGUCUUCUGACAUGGUUGUUUAAGAAAUGAGAAGCUACACACUGCAUCAGUUAGGGUUAAAAGAAUUGUUGCCAGCUGAAACACAUUAAUCACUGCAAUAAUGAUACAAUCAUAUGCUUUUAAAUAACUGCUCAUUUAAAUCCAACAAGGCAACUUAUUUUGGCCAUGUAGUGUAGUAUUUUAACGUGGUUGUAUUUACACCUAAUGUACAAGUCACAGUUUGUGGUUGAGGUGUAGUUUUGAUAGGAGUAGUUUUAUUUCCCUGUUCAGAGGGCACUUCACAUGCAAAAGUAUUCCUUUUUAUAUACAUUUUUAAUUCUUACAUUUUUUUUUUUAACUUUGGAUAAAGUUCACAUGUUAGUCAUUAUAUUGUAUGUACAGUAAACAUUUCUUAGAAAAUUAACAAACUACAGUCUUGCUGCUGUGUUUAAUUGUAUGUAUCCUUAAAGAUAAUGUAGAUUUGAUUUAAUCUGUGGAUGCAAUUCAACUACUUUGCUUUCUUUAUAACAGAUUGUGGUGGGGUGCUCACAAUAACUUAUAAUGGCAAAGAUCAAAUGAAAGGCUACAUUUAACCUGAACCGUGCAACUUUGCAACAGUAAAAUGCUAUUACCAGUAACAGAAUUAUUACUGGUAAUAAUACAGAGAGGAAAAUUUACUUUUCAACAAACACACCAAGUGCUUUUUGUUAGUGUCAUAUAAUUCACAAAUGUAUUUAAAGAAGUUUACUUUCUAAGUAUUUUCUCAUGUCCUGUUACUAAUAAUGGAUAUAAUACGAUCUGUGUUUGUCAAUUAUAUUAUAUCAGCUACAUAUUUCUUUAUCGUAUGCCUUUCCUUCACUGACAAUCGGUACAUUUCUAUUCUUGUAACAUACAUAUACUGUUUAUAUUAAAACAUGU